UGACAGUGCUGGGAUUUGUAAUCCUCUGCCAUAUGCAAAUAAAUCCUAGUUUAUGGAUAUAUAUACAUGUUUAUAUAUAGCUUAGUUUGCAUUGUUUUUGGUAGAAUUCAAUAGGAUUUGGCAAAGGCAGCAGCUAAAUUACACAUUCUUCACAACCUAACUUUUAAGUUUAAAUACAGGUCUACUGUAAAUAUGGAAUCAGAGUUGUGCUCAAAAGUUUCCCAGUGUAAAAGAUCACUUUCACGUAAAAGUUUACGUUUAGCAGUAAAAUCACAAGCCUGGGAACCUACACAAUCAGAAUGGAUGUUAGCUGCUCAAUGUGUCCAGACAGAAGAAAAAACUCGAAUAGGGAAAUUUGUUUUUCAAAAAGAUUCUAAAUCAGCUAUGAUUGGUAGAUUAUUGAUACGAGCAGCAUCUGCCCACAUGUUAAAUAUAGCCUACCCAGAUAUCAAACUCACUCGUACAGAACGAGGCAAACCUCAGAUACUCAAUACAUUACCUGCAGAUUAUCAACAUUAUAGUUUUAAUAUAUCACACCAAGAAGACUUUGUCGUUUUAGCAGCUGAGAAAGAGAGAGAUGUUGGAGUCGAUGUUAUGAAUUCUAUAUCACAAAGAGGAGAUUCUAUGCCAAAGUUUUUUAGUUUAAUGAAACGCCAUUUAACAGAUCGUGAAUGGACAACAGUGACAUCACAGCCAUCAGAACGAGAACAGAUGAAAAUGUUUUACAGACAUUGGUGUUUAAAAGAAAGUGUUGUGAAGACAUUGGGUAUAGGAAUUGGAUAUGAAUUUGGAAAAUUAGAUUUUCGCAUACAGACUACUGAUUUACAACCCAAUCACAUCGUUCAAGACACUACCGUUCAUAUAGAAGGUAAACUGGACACUGAUUGGUCAUUUGAAGAAACUAUGUUAGAAGAUCAUUGUGCGGUUGUUGCCAUUAGAAACCAACAAAAUAACAACCAAUCAAAGGAGACUAACAGUCGUAACUCAUUCCACUUAUGUUCUGUUCCUGAGCUACUCACAUGUUGUGUUCCUCUGGCUGGUAGCUCUCCAGAUCUGGAAUAUUGGAAAACAUUUUCAGCUAAAUUAGAAAAACCAGUUCGGAUGUCGUGAGUUAGGUCAACAAAUGUUUGAGAAUAAAGAACUACGGUACCAUUUGAUGUCAGGCAUAGCAGCAGCAUCUUUUGUAGCUUAUUGAAAACUUGUUUCACUCAGAUAUACUAGAUUAGAGAACUUACUUUACUAAACUUACACAUUUACUAAUCCUUCUACAGAUUUUAUUUUUUUAAAAAUGACAUACAAAGUGAUCUUUGAACCUUUGAGACAUUUAACAAACUACAAUAUAUAUACCUAAUAUAUUACAUUUAUAAGCAUGCUGAUGCCGCCUGUUGUGAAAACCGCUUGUAGUGGGAUCCUAUGAUACCAAUAUUUAUUUACAAGCCUGCAAAUAAGGCACCUAUCACAGAGAUUUUCAAACUUAGAUUCAGAUUUUGUCAGACACAAUCCCUUUAAUGUCUGUCAUUUUGUCUGGCACCGAUUUGUCUAUUUGCAGUGUUUUUAAUGAUAUUUAUAUAAUAUGAGGGCUGGCUGAAAAGUUCUGAUUAUGAAAAGGAUAGAUCAAUUGGGUUGAAACAAACAUUUGCCAUCAAUCAUUGAAUGAAUCAUACGAAGUGCAACUGUAGUUUUAUUAUUGUCUUUGUAUCAGAUCAUCUUGUGAACCUACCCAUUUUAAUCUCCAGAAAUGGCCAGAACAGGCAAAAGGACAGUCAUCAAGUACCUUUUCCACAAUAAAGAAGUGGGCUGUGGAAUUUAAGGGUGGCAGAGAAAGCCUUGAGAAUGACCCGCGUCCUGGAAGGCCAUCGACAGCAGCCAUUCAAGAAACAUUACCCGGGUGCAUAACAUGGCUGAACGACGAUUGACCACUUCGUUUGUUCGUUCCCUGAGCUUUUCUUACACUUCCACCGUGUUUGAUAUAGUACACUUUGAACAUAUUGCCAGUGUUGUAGGCAUCUCUCAUGAGAGGGUUGAGUACAUUAUCGCCAACGAGUUAGGAAGAUGUCAAAGCCCUUGACUGCAGAUCAGAAACUUGAAGCAGAUCAUUUUUCUAGUUAUGAUUAAGUCAUGUCAGCUGUGAACGAUUGUUUUUAGGACAGCUGAAGAAAAUGUUUUCCUGACCGAUAUCCAGGCCUUGCAACAUCAUUGGCAAAAAUGUGUACACCUCAAAGGGGACUAUGUAGAAAAAAAUGAAACCAUCGACUUUGUACAAGACUUUUAUAAUUAUAACUUUUUAGCCAGCCCUUGUACCUGUCUUAUUUACUAGAGCUGUUAUAUUUGCCAAGGUAUAGGCGCUGUCAAAUAAAAUUGACAUACACAAAUGGUCAUAUCAAUAUUUUCAUUUUUUUGUACAUUUAUAUGAAAUCACAUCUUCUACCAUUAACGAAUAACAUAACAUUGAUCAGUGUAAAAUAUUGGAGACUUUUUAAGUCUUAAAGCAUUUAUUUGGUGUAUCAGACAGUCGAAUUCUAAAAUACGAUUAACAAAAUUCUAAAAUGCAUUAUAUUUCCCUAAAAAUAUAUUGUAAUAUGCAGCUUAAUAUAUAUGCUAGCUUGUAUCACAUCAAUACACCGCCCAAAUAUUUAACCAUGUGAAUAAAUGGUAUGUAAAUUGUCCUUCGAAAAUUGUAGAAAAAAAUGGCAUUGAAUCUUCUGUGAUAUAAUAGGUGAAGAUUUUCAGAAAUGGGUUACUAUUGUUAAACUCUAUAUUUUUAGAAAUGAAAUGGGGUUUAACGUCCUACUGUUUUGCAUCGGCAGGGCUAAUGAAAGCAGAUUAAAUUUUUAGCUAUACCCUUUAUAACAUUGAUCUAUAAAUUUUAUCUUGAUUGAUUAUCAAGAUUAACUGUUCCAUAGUUGAAUUUUAUUUAGCGUUUUUAUGUUCGGCAAUCACACUUCCUCGCCACGAUCCACCGCCACAUGUACCAGCAUGAACUUGUGACUGUUUUAGGCCAUGAAUCGUUUCAAUUUAGGCCCUUGACGAAGCAGGGUGUAUCACCUAGUAUGGAAUACAAUCACUGGUUUGUUAUACAUAUAGCACAACAUUUUAACAAGUGUGCUUGAAAAUGAUAAUAGAACACUUCUUGAAGAGAUGUGCUAUAUAUAUGUGUGAUUGUAUUCCAUAUAAAUUGUGUUAUGUUUUCACAGUAUAUUUGUUAUGGUGAUUGCUAAAUAUACACGUAAAGCUCAAUGUUUCCACAAGUGUGCUUGAAAAUGAUAAUAUAACACUUCUUGAAGAGGUAUGCUAUACAUGUGUGAUUGUAUUCCAUAUAAAUUAUGUUAUAUUUUCACAGUAUAUUUGUAAUUGCUAUACAAACAGUAAAUAGGCGAUGAGUUUUAGUGGAACAAAAAGCAACAUAGUCAUCAUUGAGAAAGUUUAUUAUAUGGAGAACAAACAGAUGACAGUCAUCAACAAUUAAUGUAAUUUAUAUGAUACUUAUGGGAAAGGUUACAGAAGGCAACAGACAAAAAAAUGCUGUCUUUUCAACAUCACACAUGCAGCUUAAAGUCUCUGUCUGUCAUUUGUUUUUUUCAGAUAAUCUCAAAUUUUUCACGGUUUAAUCCAUGCUAAAAUGUACUCAAAUUGUUUAUUUAAUAUUUAAAGAUACAUUCCCACAUGCAAACUGGGUGAUUUGAUGAUAUUUUUAAACUAAAACCAUAUUCAAACUAAUUAAUUUAUCAUAAUUUUGCUUCAAAUCUUUCUCAAAACAUUGUAAUUGUCAGGGAAUAUCCCUGCUAUAAAAAAUCGACCAAAAGAGAUCAUGUUUGUGUCACAUGACUAAGCGGUCUUGGUAUCUAGUAACGGAUGCGAAGCCGGAGAGUUCAUUGCAUAUACAAGACGAUGUUGUCUUUAAUCGCUGACUAUUUAUUAUAAAUAUCGAAGCGCCAUAAAUUCUCAUAUUAUCUACUGCCCAAGUUUUUUCCCGUGUUUUUUAUCUCAGAAACUGUUGUAUCAUCAAGUUUAUCAACAUAUACAUCAAGCGCUCACUAACGCUGGGGGAUUAUACAAUCUUGCAUGCAACCUAUGAUGUUACUAAUCGUCCGGUUGCCGGUUAGAGAAACCCUUACAUUUUUGUCCUGAAUGUGCUCCAUGUGUGUUUUUCAGGGAAUCCAGUAUUUUUCUAGUAAGAUUGGAUGUUUCGACUUUCCAUAUAUACCAAAAUUGCCAUACUUUUAUUGGAAAUAACCACCCAAUAAAUACUUUUCUGGAAAAGUAUCUUUAAUUAAAGAACAAAAACCCAACAAAUAUAUCAGAAGUAGACAAAUGUUGGCUUGUAUUGAUUGUAUUUUAUAUUUGCCGAAUGUUGACAAAUGUUCAAUUCAUCAUAUUAUUGUAAAUAUUGAACCAUUUUUGGACUGAUAUCAUUUUUGGAUAUCCAACUUUCAAAAUCCCUCAAAUGAGGUUAGAGACUUAAACUUAUUACCAUAAAGUUAUUAAAGAAAUGUACAACAGUUCCUAUAAAAGGUUGCUAAUAUAAGAUAAUAGAGGACAGAUAUAACUUAUUACCGUAAAGUUAUUAAAGAAAUGUAUAACAGUUCCUAUAGAAGAUUGCUAAUAUAAGAUAAUAGAGGACAGAUAUAAGUUUUAGUAAAAUUAGUUCCAAUGAUUGUAUAUAUAAAAUUUUAUAAUUUAGAUGUGUUUAUUUUCAUAUAUAAAUAUAUUAUACAUUGAAUAACACAAUUAAAUUGUCAAUGCAUAGAAGAGGAAAGCAUAAUGUGGGAAUAAAAUUCUCUGAAAGAUAACGAAUGUAGGCUACCUUUUUUAUUUGUUUUUACCAUGUGGUGCUAGCGCAGAGUCUUAAUGGCUGCUCGCUUUUAGGGCCAGGAAGCCACAGUGGC